AUGAGGUUUAUUUGUGGUGUAUUAGCAAUAUGCUUGUUGUUUUGUUAUUUAUCAACAAUUAAAGGGCUGAGGUUUAAGCUUAAAAACGGUGUUACAAAGUGUAUUCAAGAUGAGGCACACAAAGACGUUAUUGUACAUGGUGAGUAUGAGAUUACUGCUCCCCAUGAACACACAACCCAUAUCAAAGUCCGUGAUGUGAAAAAACAUAUACUGUAUCAGAGAGAUAAUAUAAAAAGCGGGAAAUUUGCAUUCACAACAGAAGACUUUGAUCUAUUUGAGGUGUGCUUCGAAAGUCAGCCAGAUAAUACUGACACGGAACAAGAAGUCUUUCUUAAUAUAAAACACGGUACCGAGGCCAAGGAUUUUGAUAAGAUGGCGAAAGCAGAGAAAUUACAACCAAUCGAAGUGCUACUGAAAAAACUAGAAAGUCUAGCCGAUGAAAUCGUGCAGGAUUUUGUUGUCAUGCAUUCGAAGAGUAGCAAAAUGCGAAACAUCAACGAAUCUACUCAUACAAGGGUUCUCUACUUCUCAAUCCUUUCAAUGGUAAUCCUCAUCGGCUUCGCAUGUUGGCAGGUACUAUAUUUAAGACGUUAUUUCAAGUCGAAGAAGCUGAUUGAGUAG